CAAGUUGCAGUUGUGGAUAGUUGAAUUGAAGUUCCAAAGACAUAAGACAGUAAGCCCUGCAGAGCGAGUUUGUGUUGUUCUCUCCUUUAAAAGCAUCAUGUCUGUCAGGUUUUACUACUUCUUCUCUUCUUCUUUGAGAUAAAUCUUGAUGUCCUUUCUUUUAAUAACAUGAAAGUGAGACAUAACAAGACCAGCUACCUACUGAGUUCUCAUGAAGUACUCUCUCUACUUCCUGUUGCUGCUGCUGCUGCUGUCAGCUUGCAACUUGAAAACUGAAACAGCUUUGGGUUGUGAUUAAACAGAUAAAUUCGAUGCAAGAUGGAAUUUUCUGACUGUACAAGAGUUUUGUUCAAUAGAAUCUGGAAACUUGAACCUGAGAAUGCCGCAAAGGUUAUAGGGAUUCUUCUUUUGCAAGGCUAUGGUGACCAAGAGAUGGUUCAGUUGGCUAUGUGUCCUGAUAUGGUUAUCCAGGAAGUAAUUUACAAAGCCAAGGCUGAACUGCAACAGCUACCUCUUAAAUCAGGGUCACCUCCUAUAUCCCCUUCCAUGAACUCGGCCCCUGGUUCAGAAUUCCCCUCACAGUUCACUUCCUUUUCACCACCUGUCUCCUCCAGGCCCUUUUUGUCUCCCAGGAGCUUCCAGGUCACAUCUCCAUAUUGGGAGCAACAACUAGCUGCAAAGCAUAACUCUGAUUUUAUGCCGUCGGCUUACUUGGAUUCUGUAUCUGAACUGCAAAGUCAAUCUCAGUUGUUGAGCCUGGAGGAGCAGAUAGAGUCUUUAAACUUAGGAAAUGGUGGAUUUUCAAAUGAUUAUUGUUAUUCAGAUGCUGUAUUGGGUAAUCUUGGUGUGAGAACAGAACGUCGGCAUCCAAACCUGCCUGACUUUCCAGUUAAGACUUGUCAUUAUUUCAACAAAGGUUACUGUAAGCAUGGAAGUAAUUGUAGGUACUUCCAUGGCCAAGUCUCGGACAACUUCCCUCAUAUGUUUGGUAAUAAUUCAAUGGAUGCUGUUAAUGAAGAUCCCUUUAUCUCGCUUGAGAAGUUAGAGCUGGAAAUUGUAGAGCUCCUGAAAUCAAGGAGAGGGGAGCCUGUUUCAAUUGCAUCUCUCCCUUUGUUAUAUUAUGAGAAAUACGGUAAAGUUCUUCAGGCAGAUGGUUAUCUCACUGAAAGCCAGAGGCAUGGCAAAGCAGGCUACAGUUUGACAAAGCUUCUUGCUAGAUUGAAAAAUAGUAUUCGAGUAAUUGACAGACCUCAUGGACAGCAUUCAGUCAUUUUGGCUGAAGAUGCACCCAAGUAUAUGGAAAAUCGAAAUGAUAGAAGUGAUCCAGGUCCAAUUGUUAGUGGAUCGCGUCAGAUAUAUCUUACAUUCCCAGCUGAGAGCACUUUUACUGAAGAUGAUGUCUCCAACUAUUUCAGCAAUUAUGGACAAGUUGAAGAUGUAAGGAUUCCCUGCCAACAGAAACGGAUGUUUGGGUUUGUAACCUUUGUCAGUGCAGAUACUGUGAAGAUGAUUUUGGCCAAAGGAAAUCCACAUUAUGUCUGUGGAGCUCGUGUUCUUGUGAAACCUUACAGGGAAAAGUCAAAGCUGGUUGACAGGAAGUACCAGGACAGAAUUGAGUCUCCAAUGUACUAUUCUCCGCACUAUAUAGACAUGGAACCUGAGCUUCAUUCAAUUCCAAGAGGAUAUGCAAUGUCUAGGUUGUUCAGGAAGCAGUUUAUAGAAGAUCCAGAACAAAUCUUUGAACUCGAGAGGAGGCGCCCAUUAGAGAUGCAUAUGACACAGAAGUCUCAGGCUCAUCAGUCCUACUUUGGCUACUCCAUGGAUGGGUUGAAAGUCUCAGAAGAUCAACUCAACUUCCCCUCAACAGAAUUCAAUUAUCUGAUGGAAGCUUUCAACACCAGCACUGCAUCCGAUGAAAAAAUCAAGCGCUUAGAGACCAACACUGACCAGGAGAGUGAAGGACUUAAUCUCCCAGAUAGCCCUUUUGCUUCUCCUAUAGCAAGUGGCAUUUCCACAGUCAUUUAGGCUCAGCAACACACAGAAUAGAGUUAGUACUGGCUCAAAGAUUGACAUGGCCAAAACUUAUACAUAAAAGAAUCCCAUUUUAGUUUCUUUUUUCUUCCCCUACUUGUUUGUUAAUCAAAGUAUCCUGAAAGUACAUACUAUCCAAAGAAAUCGUGAACGAAGGAUCUCCCCUCUGUUACUUGAUUUUGAAGUGGCAAAGCAAGAAGAUAAUGAUACAUAGAAGUAUAUAAGAAGGUUCUACACUUUUUUGAUGUUAAAUCACAGGAAGAAGGCAAGAGGUAUGGAUCUUUAGAAGAGGAUGUAAUAUAGGUCUCUUUAGGUGAUCAAUAGAAAUCUCUGUAGCACUGAGCAAUAGCAUUGAAAUAACUUUAACCAAAGGGUAGAUCUAUUUAGCAAAUUUAUACCAAGUUUAUCUCUGGUUUCAUCCUGUUUCACUUCAUACAUAAUAUCAUCUUCAUCUA